AGACGCCGAGGAGCGACAUUUUACCCAGUUAAGCAGCAUCAGAGCUGACGUGGCGGCUACGUGUGCAGCGGCUCAGGCCAUCCACUCCUACCGUAAUCAGUGACGAGCCCCACUACGUAAAAAACAUCGUCCAAUGACCAUGGAAACUGUGGUUGACUCUCAGCAGGACGGAAGUGCUAGCGAUUGUGUUUCUGACAGAGAAGCAAUCCUGAGCCAGUCUACUCACUCUCCAGUUUCAACAGUUACACAGGUUUCUGGAGCAGCAGGAGGAUCCCCAGCUGUAACCGUGGUUCAGUUACCAGGCGGACAAACAGUACAGGUUCAAGGAGUCAUUCAGGCAACACAACAAUCAGUCAUUCAGUCACCACAAAUACAGACUGUUCAGAUAGCUGCAAUAGCAGAGACAGAUGAGUCACAAUCAGCAGACGGUGUUACAGACUCAAAGAAAAGAAGAGAAAUUCUCUCAAGGCGACCGUCUUACAGAAAAAUUCUUAACGAAUUAUCUUCAGAUACACCGGGUGUUCCGAAGAUUGAAGAGGAGAAGUCAGAAGAAGAGGUUACACCUUCAAACAUAGCAACAAUGGCAGUGCCAACGUCCAUCUAUCAGACCAGCACUGGGCAAUACAUUGCAAUUGCCCAAGGGGGGACAAUCCAGAUUGCCAAUCCAGGAUCUGAUGGUGUUCAGGGACUACAGACAUUUACCAUGACAAAUUCAGGAACCCCACAGUCUGGUGCUACAAUUGUGCAGUAUGCCACACAGUCAGGUGAUGGAACCCAGCAGUUCUUUGUACCCGGCAGCCAGGUGGUUGUACAAGCUGCCACUGGGGAUAUGCCAACCUACCAGAUCCGGACACCAACUUCAAGUUUGCCCCAGGGAGUGGUGAUGGCAGCCUCGCCGGGAUCAUUACACAGCCCACAGCAGCUUGCAGAUGAGGUAACGCGGAAAAGGGAACACAGACUCAUGAAAAACAGGGAGGCUGCUCGGGAGUGCCGCAAGAAGAAGAAAGAAUACGUCAAAUGUCUUGAAAAUCGUGUGGCUGUGCUUGAAAAUCAAAACAAGACCCUCAUUGAGGAACUCAAAGCUCUAAAAGACCUUUACUGCCAUAAAACGGAAUAACCACCAUUUUGGCCUUUGUACAAAAAGACUGAUCUAGGCUUGAGAGGAAGUGGUUCAAUAGACUGUAGACUUGGGGCAAAGACACUUUUCAGUAUCUUGUACCCAAUCUCUCAAUGUUGGCUUACUAUUUCAAAGUACGUUUUGAAUUCUGUUCAGAAUGGUGGAAGCAACUGAUCAUGUCCAUGUUUAUAACAUUCAUGUUUGACACUUUUCCUACAUCUGCAGAGUUAAGGCUGGUUAAUGCUUCAAAUAUGCGACUGUCACUCAGUGAUUUCUAGUCUCUCGAGUCGUUUGUCUAGCGAUCCAAGGGCGAUUGCCAGAGUUUAUAAUUUCUCAACUCCAGCUGGUUGCGUGUCCCAAUAGUCACAUAACUCAAGCAUGAACCAGCUUUUUUGCAUGUAAACAUUGUGUGCUGCCCCUGUCACUUCUGCUCUUUGCAGGGACGCUGCCAAAGAGUGCCGCCGUCGGAAGAAGGAAUAUGUAAAGUGUUUGGAGAGUCGUGUUGGAAUGCUGGAAGUCCAAAACAAGAAGUUA